CAAGAAACAAUAUAGAAGUAGAAGGAAAUAAAAAGGCACCACUAAUUGCCUAAUGACGAGAGAGAGAGAGAGAGAGAGAAGGCAGAAAUUAAAAGAAGCCAUCAUAUUAUAUUGUAAGGUUUUGUAACGUUACAUUGAGAGAACCCCCAAAAAAAAAAAAAAACAAAAAUGUCAAUAAUCUUUUCAUUCAGUCAAUCUCUCUUUUCCAUCAUAACAGGCAAUAACACAUGGUUUGCCUCUUCUUUUAAGUUUUAAUUAUCUUUUCUUUGAUUUUCAAUCUUUACCCACUUUCUAAUCAACAUUAUUUUAGUCUGUUUUUGGACUUUUUUGGUACCAUCCCCUUUUACAUUAACAUGGCCUAAUUAAUAAUCCCCCUCAUCAUUAUAGUGUGGGAUUCCGAUUAAAACCCCGUUUACCUAUAUUCUUACUUCCUUCUGAAUCAACCCACUUUGAGAAAGUUGAAGAAGAGUCCAUAGUUCUUCAAAUGGCGAAUACCGGUGAGGUGAAGGAGAAGAAAUUGUAUGUGUAUAAGUUUGAUACAAUCGGGAAUCAUCAGAAGAAGCCGCCGCCGGAGAAUGAGACGGCGAAGAAGAAGAUGGGUUGGGGAGUAUUAAGGAGAUCCAAAACGGUUCGAGAAGUAGUGGUGGAUCAUCAUCCUCCUCAUCAUAAUAACAACAUUAUUGCCGCCGGAAGACUUAGUGUUAGCAGUUAUAAGAAUCCGCCCACGGAUUACGGCGUUGAGGAUGAGAAGGAAAUUGUAGUUGAAGGGAGGAAAUCGGCGUGCAGCGAGGCGGCGGCGUAUGGACACCGGAAGUCGGUGUCGCAUUUAGAAGUGAACGUCGGCGCCGUGGCAUCUUUCCUGCAGGUGAAGAUCUUGGUCACGGAUAUGCCCGGAUUCAUGCAGGUUCACGCUUUCCGGUGUGCCAGAGGAACUUAUGAUAGUCUCGAGAAAUUCAGCCCAAAACACAUGGCUUACAAUCUCAAGAAGGAAUUUGACAAGGUAUAUGGGCCGGCCUGGCAUUGUAUAGUGGGCUCAAGUUUUGGAUCAUUUGUCACACACUCCACAGGCUGCUUCCUGUAUUUUUCAAUGGAAAAGCUGUACAUCCUAGUGUUCAAGACCAAAGUUCAAAGAACCCUACAUCAACCAUAGUCUCAAAAGGAUACAUUAUAUACUAGCCAGAAGUGAGAUUCUAGCCAGCAAUUUUUUUCCUUUGCAAAAAACAAAAACAAAAAAAAAAUAUAUAGAAAAAGAAAAAAGGAGUAACUCUUUCACAUUAGUAAUUUUCUUUUUCAUUUUCCUUACUCUUUUUGCCUUCUUAAUCUUUCUGCAUAAUUGUAUUUUUCUUUUUUCCCUGAAGCUUGUAAAUAACAAGAGGUAGUAAAUGA